AUGAUGGCUGAAAACAGCGAUAUUACCGUCUCAAUCGAUUUCGGCACAACGUAUACUGGCGCUGCAUGGAUGACCCCAAAGACACCAAUUCAGGUGAUCAAUGACUGGCCUGGAAGUGGUGAUCGAGGAGAGCGAAAAGUCCCGACGACUCUGAUAUACAAUCCAGAUGGAACAGUAUCGUCUUGGGGAUUUAUGUGCGAUGAUGACGAUGAUAAACUGCCAGGAAAACGACGACGAGAUUUUUUUAAAAUCUUCAUCGAUGAGGAAACAUUGUCUGCAGCGCAGCAGCGAGGAUUUUCGAAUUUACCGAAAAAUACAAAAGAAGCACAGCUAUUUGCGACAGAUUAUCUACACCAGGUAUAUCUGCACGUUAAAGAAACUGUUGAGAUGCAGACGGGGAAACGAUACCUCGGCGGCUGGGCAGACAUGGCCGUAACUUUCCUAUUCAGUGUGCCCACUACUUGGACCCGUAUGGAGAUUAUCAACAUUUUCAAGGGAAUUGUGCGCGAUGCGGGUUUUGGAGUUGAGGGUCUAAAACACAUAGCACAGAUCGAUCUUACAGAGGCUGAAGCGGCGGCCGUUGCAACGCUCAAGACAAGCCCAAUCGUUUUCAACCGAGGCAGCGUAUUUCUAACGGUAGAUGCUGGGGGAGGAACAACCGAUUUAGCUCUAAUGCGCAUAACAUCAGCUGAUAUCAAUUUCCCUCAGAUGGCACAAGUUUCCGCUGUGAAAGGUGUAGGGAUUGGAUCAACAUUGAUCGAUCGGGCAUUUGUUCGACUUAUCAUGGAGAGGCUUACCGGGAAUCCCGAUAUACAGCGCCAGCUACCAAACGAUUUGGCGGUUCGUUUGUCCAAGAGUCACCAUUUUAAAAUUUUAAAACACAAGUUUGGUGAAAAAGUGUAUAUGCAACCUGUGUUUAGAAUGCCAAUGGAAGGGGUAUCAAAUGAUUUAAGCUAUCCCACACUUGCUGUGGAAAAUGGGCGCAUGCUAUUUUCAAUGGCGGAGAUCCAAUCUCUCUUUGAAAUACAGAUCGAAGGCAUCAUGAAGAGAAUAACAGAGCAGCUAAAUUGGCUAAGCGAGCAUUAUCCUACUCAGCAAGUGGAAUAUAUGGUACUCUCUGGUGGACUUGGCAGUUCAACCUAUAUACGUGACAGGAUUCAGCAACAUGUCAUAGCUUACCCGCACGCCAAUGCCGCUAAGAUUGCAGUAGUACCAUGCCACGACCCGCAACUUGUUGUUGUUCGAGGCCUCCUGCUAGACUACCAGCAAAGGAGAGAAACGGGAAAUAUUCCUGUUCUCGCAGCAAGAAUUGCUCGUUCAAGUUACGGCAUUGUAGUGAGAGAGAUGUAUUCUCCAGAUACCCAUUUUGAUGAAGAGAUAGUUGAAGAUCAUUGGAAUCCUAAAAAGAAGUGGGCCAUUAAUCAGAUUCAAUGGAUUAUUCGAAAGGGAGAUACAAUCGAUCCGAACGUUCCACUUGUUAAAUCGUUUGAAUACCGCUUGGGACCUAACGACACAACGAGGAGUUGGAAUGCAGACAUAGUAACUUCUCAAAACGAGGCCACAUUUCUCCCAAAGAGCCUUAAACAAGCUGGUGUCACUAAACUAUGUAGAGUGAAAAGCAAUUUGGAUGGUGUAGAACAACAUCAACUCCUACUUAAGCAGAAAAGAGGAAUUUUUUUCCGGAAAGGAUACAAAUUCUACAUCUGCAAGUUUGAUCUUCGUGUUAUUGUUGCUCCCGCAGAUUUAAGAUUUGAGCUGUGGUUUGACGGACAAAGAUUUUCGGGGAAUCAUGAACCUAUUACCGCUCAAUGGAGCGAGGUGGGCAUGAAGGUCAAUCAAGACUAA